AUGAUCGGAUUGAUAAUCCUCUGUGCGGUUCUCUAUGGCUCUUACAAGACGAAUCCGGACGCGGCUUCGUUCCGAGCUUUCAUCCGUCCACCCAAUUCAACUUCUUUAACAAGUAGCAUUACCAAUUUUUUCACAGAUCUCCUGACUCCCGCAAGCACGAUCCCCGAAUUCAAACGGGACGACUAUAUAUUCUUCUCAAUUGUAACUAUUGCAGAUAAUACAGAAACGUACAUAGGUCUAUGUGGACAGUGGUUUUUGUUGAGCAAGCUGCAGCUGGCCGGGGGAGGAAAGGGAGCGAGUGCAGUGGAGGAGAAUGAACUGCAACUCCUUGAAAGUAUUGGCGAAGCCGAAAAGAAUCUAGCCAUUAAGGCAAAGCUUAAGAAGGACCAUACAACCGCCGCAUCUCAUUUUAACUCGGCGGCGGAACAAUUUUUGCAGACCGGCAGUGCUCUUGAUGCUGCACAGUGUUACGAGGAAGUUUACAAGUCAUAUCAACAGUCGAAACAUACAGAAAAGGCUUUACUAGCUCUGGAGAAGGCAGCAUCCUUGUAUGAAUCUCACGGUAGACAAAUGUCAAGAGCGGCUAACGUGUAUGUAAAGCUCGCUGAACAGUAUAAAAAGGAUAAUAGUACGUCUAAAGAUUUGGGCAAGGCAGUCGCUAUGUAUGAAAAGGCAGCCGAGCUGUACGAGAUUGAAGGAGAUGGUCGUCACAUUUUUACUGUAAUUUCUCAAACCGACUUGCUGGCCGAGAUAGGACAGUACGAAAAUGCAAUCAAAUUAUAUGAUAAGAUAAUAUUGUUUGCAAUAGACGAUUCCAUGUUGAAUUUCAAUGUCAAGACACACAUCUUUAAUCAAUUGCUAUGUUAUGCCGGACUUGAUGACUGGGUUGGGCUAGAAAAGAAGACAACGGAGAUGGAAGCAACAUAUCCCAUGUUUGCAGAAAGUAGGGAAUGUCAAUUGAUAAAGACUCUGAUACAAGCAAAGAAUGCUUUCGAUUCAUCUGCAUAUUCGACUGCUUGUAAGGACUACGAUCAAAGAUCAACUCUGCCAUCAUGGCAGAUUAAUAUUCUCCUUAAAGGAAAGAGAUCUCUGGAUAGUGAAGAUUUGCGAUGA